AGCAGCAGUCGGCUCAGCUCUCCAUUUCAGUCCGCUGUGAGUGCUCAUCGCCCCGCUGUCCGGUCUCACCUUUGUACCCCCGCUCCGAAGAAAUGGGAACGUCUUGAUUAAACCCAGGGCAUCGGCAAUACAGACGUCUCUUCACCCUUCAGUUGGACCUAGAAGAUCUUAAGUCACGCCGCUGCUGAGCGUCUCUGUGGCGAAAGGAAAAAAACGGUGAAGAGUCUACAUGUCCCAGAAACCCCUGUGAGAGUGAGCGACUUCUUCUUCUUCUGCUCUUGUCCGCAUUUCCUCUCUCCCUCCGUCCGGUUGGUUGGAUGAGUCCCAAACAGCGACAGAACUGUGAGCAGUGAUUGGGCGCUGAGCCAGACCGGGUAGCCAUCGGGGAGCCAGGCUAACCAUCAUGGCGGACGUGGACCCAGACACCCUGCUGGAGUGGCUGCAGAUGGGGCAGGGCGAUGAGCGGGACAUGCAGCUCAUCGCUCUGGAGCAGCUCUGCAUGCUGCUGCUCAUGUCCGACAACGUGGACCGCUGCUUUGAGACCUGUCCUCCUCGGACAUUCCUCCCAGCGCUCUGUAAGAUCUUCCUGGACGAGAGCGCUCCAGAUAACGUGCUGGAGGUCACAGCCAGAGCCAUCACCUACUACCUGGAUGUGUCGGCGGAGUGCACCCGGAGGAUCGUGGGAGUGGAUGGGGCCAUCAAGGCGCUGUGCAACCGGCUGGUGGUGGUGGAGCUGAACAACAGGACCAGCAGAGACCUGGCCGAGCAGUGUGUCAAGGUGCUGGAGCUGAUCUGUACCAGGGAGUCUGGUGCCGUGUUCGAGGCCGGCGGUCUGAACUGUGUGCUGAGUUUCAUCAGAGACAGCGGUCAUCUGGUUCACAAAGACACUCUGCACUCAGCCAUGGCCGUGGUGUCCCGACUCUGCAGCAAGAUGGAGCCUCAGGACUCGUCUCUGGAGACCUGCGUCGAGUCUCUGUCCAGCCUCCUCAAACAUGAAGACCACCAGGUGUCAGACGGUGCUUUGCGCUGCUUCGCCUCAUUAGCUGACAGGUUCACUCGCCGUGGUGUGGACCCUGCCCCUUUAGCCAAACAUGGACUGACAGAAGAGCUGCUUUCCCGUAUGGCGGCUGCCGGCGGCACGGUGUCCGGCCCCGCCUCUUCCUGUAAACCAGGCCGGACGUCAACAGGUGCUGCCCCCCCAGCCCCGGACUCCAAACUGAGCAACCAGGUGUCGACCAUCGUCAGCCUGCUGUCCACGCUGUGCAGAGGGUCGCCACUCGUUACACAUGAUCUGUUGCGUUCGGCGCUGCCCGACUCGAUGGAGUCCGCUCUGGGAGGAGACGAGCGCUGUGUGCUGGACACCAUGCGGCUGGUGGACCUCCUGCUGGUGCUCCUGUUUGAGGGAAGGAAGGCGCUUCCCAAAUCUACAGCGGGGUCGACGGGUCGGAUCCCCGGCCUGCGACGCCUGGACAGUUCAGGGGAGAGAUCCCACCGACAGCUCAUCGACUGUAUCCGCAGCAAAGACACCGACGCUCUGAUCGACGCCAUCGACACUGGAGCUUUUGAGGUGAACUUCAUGGACGAUGUUGGACAGACGCUGCUCAACUGGGCCUCAGCUUUUGGCACACAGGAAAUGGUGGAGUUUUUAUGUGAGAGGGGGGCGGACGUCAACAGAGGUCAGAGGUCAUCUUCACUACACUACGCUGCCUGUUUCGGACGUCCACAAGUAGCCAAGACUCUGCUGCGUCACGGAGCUAACCCUGACCUGAGAGAUGAGGACGGCAAAACUCCUCUGGAUAAGGCCAGGGAGAGAGGACACAGUGAGGUGGUGGCUAUACUGCAGUCCCCUGGAGACUGGAUGUGUCCAGUGAACAAGGGUGACGACAAGAAGAAGAAAGAUGUGAACAAGGAGGAGGAGGAGGGCAGCGAGCCCAAAGGAGACCCAGAAAUGGCUCCCAUUUACCUGAGGAGACUUCUGCCUGUUUUUGCACAAACCUUUCAGCAAACCAUGCUGCCUUCUAUUAGGAAAGCCAGUCUGGCUCUGAUCAGGAAGAUGGUUCACUACAGCAGUGAGGUCCUGCUGAAGGAGGUGUGUGACAGCGAGACGGGACACAACCUUCCCACGGUGCUAGUGGAGAUCACUGCUACUGUCCUCGACCAGGAGGACGAUGACGACGGCCACCUCCUUGCUCUGCAGAUCAUCAGAGAUCUGGUGGAUAAAGGUGGAGACGUUUUCCUCGACCAGCUGGCUCGACUGGGAGUCAUCAACAAGGUGUCCACUCUGGCUGGACCGGCGUCUGAUGAUGAGAACGAGGACGAAGCCAAACCUGAGAAGGAGGAGGAGGCUCAGGAGGAUGCAAGGGAGAUCCAGCAGGGCAAGCCGUAUCACUGGAAGGACUGGUCCAUCAUCAGAGGGAGGGACUGUCUCUACAUCUGGUCUGACGCAGCUGCGCUAGAGCUCUCCAAUGGCUCUAACGGCUGGUUCAGGUUCAUCCUGGAUGGGAAGCUGGCCACCAUGUACUCCAGCGGGAGUCCAGAGGGAGGGUCGGACAGCUCCGAGUCUCGUAGUGAGUUCCUGGAGAAGCUGCAGCGUGCAAGGAGUCAGGUGAAACCAGUAACAGCCAGCCAGCCCAUCCUGUCCAGUGUGGGUCCCACUAAGCUGACAGUGGGGAACUGGUCUCUGACCUGCCUGAAGGAAGGAGAGAUCGCCAUCCACAACUCAGACGGACAGCAGGCCACCAUCCUAAAGGAAGACCUGCCGGGCUUCGUCUUCGAGUCCAACAGAGGAACUAAACACUCAUUCACAGCUGAGACCUCACUGGGCUCAGAGUUUGUAACUGGCUGGACGGGAAAGCGAGGCAGGAAGUUGAAGUCUAAGCUGGAGAAGACGAAGCAGAAGGUGAAGAGCAUGGCAAGGGAGCUGUACGACGACCACUUUAAAGCUGUAGAGAGCAUGCCCAGAGGAGUAGUGGUCACCCUUAGGAACAUCUCCACUCAGCUGGAGUCUGCCUGGGAGCUGCACACCAACAGACAGUGUAUUGAAGGAGAGAACACAUGGAGGGACCUGAUGAAAACAGCUCUGGAGAACCUGAUUGUAGUUUUGAAAGAUGAAAACACGAUUUCUCCGUAUGAGAUGUGUAGCAGUGGUCUGGUCCAGGCUCUGUUUACUGUCCUUAACAAUAGUGUGGAACUGGACCUGAAACACGAUUGUAAGCCUUUAAUGGAGAGGAUCAAUGUCUUUAAGGCGGCUUUCAGCGAGAAUGAAGACGAUGAAAGCCGACCAGCUGUUGCCUUAAUCCGUAAACUGAUAGCUGUCCUGGAGUCAAUAGAACGUCUACCUCUGCACUUGUACGACACUCCAGGAUCCUCAUACAACCUGCAGAUCUUGACAAGGAGGUUGCGGUUCCGUCUGGAGCGAGCUCCAGGCGAGACAGCUCUGAUCGACCGGACGGGUCGCAUGUUGAAGAUGGAACCGCUCGCUACUGUGGAGUCUCUGGAGCAGUACCUGCUGAAGAUGGUGGCGAAGCAGUGGUACGACUUUGAGCGUUCAUCCUUCGUCUUCGUGAGGAAGCUGAGGGAAGGACAGACCUUCACAUUCAGACACCAACACGACUUUGACGAGAAUGGAAUCAUCUACUGGGUUGGAACUAACGCCAAGACGGCCUAUGAGUGGGUGAACCCUGCUGCCUAUGGCCUGGUGGUAGUGACAUCAUCAGAGGGGCGCAACCUACCCUACGGCCGGUUGGAGGACAUCCUGAGCAGGGAUAGCUCCGCCCUCAACUGCCACACUAAUGACGACAAGAAUGCCUGGUUCGCUGUUGACCUCGGCCUUUGGGUCAUCCCCUCUGCAUACACCCUGAGACACGCCAGGGGUUAUGGCCGCUCUGCAUUGAGGAACUGGGUGUUCCAGGUGUCGAAGGAUGGUCAGAACUGGACGACUCUUUAUACCCACGUAGACGACUGCAGCCUCAACGAACCGGGGUCGACGGCCACGUGGCCUCUGGACCCGUCCAAAGAUGAGAAGCAGGGCUGGAGACACAUCAGGAUCAAACAGAUGGGGAAGAACGCCAGCGGUCAGACUCACUACCUGUCUCUGUCCGGACUCGAGCUGUACGGCACCGUCACCGCCGUCUGUGAGGACCAGCUGGGUAAAGCUGUGAAGGAGGCAGAGGCCAACCUUCGUCGCCAGCGCCGCCUUUUUCGCUCCCAGGUGAUGAAGUACAUAGUUCCGGGGGCGCGGGUUGUCCGCGGCAUCGACUGGAAGUGGCGUGACCAAGACGGGAACCCUGCUGGAGAGGGCACCGUCACCGGAGAGGCUCACAACGGCUGGAUUGAUGUAACCUGGGAUGCUGGCGGCUCUAACUCUUACCGUAUGGGCGCUGAAGGGAAGUUUGACCUCAAGCUUGCUCCAGGGUACGACCCUGAGUCGGCUGCCACAGCGCCGUCACCCAAACCUGUCUCAUCCACUGUUUCAGGCCCCGCCUCCUCCACGGUGGGACCCUCCGCGACGCCGGCGGCCAGCGGCGGCACCACCACCACCACGUCCUCCUCGUCCUCCUCCACCUCAUCUUCCUCGCAGCAGCAGUCGUGGAGCAGCCUGGUGAAAAAUAACUGUCCCGACAAGGGCGGGGCCACGUCUCUCGGCGGGGCCAGCUCCUCCAGCAGGAAGGGCAGCAGCAGCUCCGUCUGCAGCGUCGCCUCUUCCUCCGACAUCAGCCUGAGCUCCUCAGCGGGGCUGCCUGGUGCGGGGGGGCUGCGGCUGGAGAGGAGGGCCGAGGGGCUGCUGCUGGACCAGGGCUCUGGGGUGGGAGGAGUAACUGGGGUCGGCGCUGACGGACACCAACAUGAGCCGAUUGUCGUGCUGUCCUCUGCGGCAGAGGGUGGGUCUGGCUCAGUAUCCAGCUCUGGCACGCUUACCGCCGACACGCCUGCUCCUGGAGAUGAAGCCAGAAACAAGGACUCAUCCACAGCAACUGACCCAGCAACAGCAAUCUCCAUGGGCCUGGUGAGCGUGAGCUCCCCAGAUGUCAGCUCGGUGUCGGAGUCAUCCAGUAAGGACACGCCCUCCCAGAGGCCUCUGUGCUCAGCGGCUAAUGCCCGGUUGUCCGUCAGCUCCCUGCUGGCUGCUGGCGCACCCAUGAGCUCCAGCGCCAGCGUGCCUAACUUGUCAUCACGGGAGGCCAGCCUCAUGGAGUCCUUCGUCCGCCGUGCGCCCAACAUGUCACGCACCAACGCCACCAACAACAUGAACCUGAGCCGCAGCAGCAGCGACAACAACACCAACACACUUGGCAGGAACGUCAUGAGUACUGCUACUUCUCCUCUCAUGGGCGCUCAGAGCUUUCCUAACCUCACCACCACUGGCACCACCUCCACCGUUACCAUGUCAACCUCCAUAGUAACCAGCAGCAAUAACGUAGCCACGGCCACCACGGGUCUGUCGGUGGGCCAGUUGCUAAGCAACACCCUGACGACCAGCCUGACGUCCACGUCCAGCGAGAGUGACACAGGCCAGGAGGCCGAGUUCUCUCUCUAUGACUUCCUGGACAGCUGUCGUGCCAACACACUACUGGCUGAGCUGGACGACGAGGAGGACCUCCCAGAGCCUGACGACGACGAUGACGAGAACGAAGACGACAAUCAGGAGGACCAGGAGUACGAGGAGGUCCUGGUAAUAGACCUUUUUAAUAAAACAGUGCCUGUAGAUCAGCACUCACCUGGCACUGUGAGUCUGGAGCAACAGGAAGUGAUGUCAGAGGGUGUGAUGAGUGACUGGCUGCUGUCCCCGCAGGAGGAGGAGGAGUACGAGACCAAAGGAGGUCGCAGGAGGACGUGGGACGACGACUUCGUCCUGAAGAGACAGUUCUCUGCUCUCGUCCCUGCCUUUGAUCCCCGACCAGGAAGAACCAACGUCCAGCAGACCACCGACCUGGAGAUCCCCCCGCCAGGAACUCCUCGUUCGGAGGUUCAGGAGGAGGUGGAGUGCGCGCCGUCCCCUCACCUCUCUCUCACCCUGAAGGUGGCGGGGCUGGGUACGACCCGGGAGGUGGAGCUUCCUCUGUCCAACUACAAGUCCACCAUCUUCUACUACGUCCAGCGGCUGCUGCAGCUAUCCUGCAGUGGAGCCGUGAAGACAGACAAACUGCGACGCAUCUGGGAGCCCACUUACACGAUAAUGUACAGAGAGCUGAAGGACUCUGACAAAGAGAAGGAGAGCGGGAAGAUGGACUUGUGUGAACACAGUAUCAGUAUAUCAGGAGGUCGUUCUGGAGGUUUGAGCCCCGGCUCCGUCUCGGCCAAUCAGAGCAGUGAGAUUCUGUGCGUUGCCCGGGAGAUGGCGCAGGCGAAGGCGGGCUGCAGCCAGAACGCCUGCGGGGUGGAGGACGUCCUGCAGCUCCUACGCAUCCUUUACAUCAUCGGAGGAGACGCAGCGUCCAACGCACGCACGCUGCAGGAGGACUUUGACGAGCUGCAGUUCAAUGCAUCUCCAGAGGAGUUCACCAGUAAGAAGAUCACGACCAAGAUUCUGCAGCAGAUUGAGGAGCCUCUGGCUCUGGCCAGCGGAGCUCUGCCCGACUGGUGUGAACAGCUCACCUCCAAGUGUCCUUUCCUCAUCCCCUUUGAGACCCGGCAGCUCUACUUCACCUGCACAGCGUUUGGAGCAUCCAGGGCGAUCGUGUGGCUCCAAAACCGGCGGGAGGCGACCAUGGAGCGGUCCAGGCCGUCCACCACGGUGCGGCGUGACGACCCCGGAGAGUUCAGGGUGGGUCGGCUCAAACACGAGCGAGUCAAAGUCCCCAGAGGAGAAGCCAUGAUGGAGUGGGCGGAGUCCGUCAUGCAGCUGCAUGCUGACAGGAAGUCGGUGCUGGAGGUGGAGUUUCAGGGGGAGGAGGGAACAGGUCUUGGUCCGACUCUGGAGUUCUAUGCCUUAGUGGCUGCAGAGUUUCAGAGAACAUCACUGGGGAUCUGGCUGUGUGAAGACGACUUCCCUGAUGACGAGUCCAGACAGGUGGACCUGGGUGGCGGUCUGAAGCCUCCUGGUUUCUAUGUGCAGCGCUCCUGCGGUCUGUUCCCAGCUCCGUUCCCUCAGGACAGCGAGGAGCUGGAGCGAAUCACCAAGCUCUUCCACUUCCUGGGCGUCUUCCUGGCCAAGUGCAUUCAGGACAACCGGCUGGUGGACCUACCCGUCUCCCAGCCCUUCUUCAAGCUGCUCUGCAUGGGGGACAUCAAGUCCAACAUGAGCAAACUGCUGUACCAGAGCCGCAGCUCGCCGCAGGGUCACGACCCCGACAGACCCCACCUGCAGUCCUUCCUGCUGCUGUCCGAGGUGCAGUCGGAGGCGUCCACCGAGGAGAGCCAGGAGACGUACUCUGUGGGCAGCUUUGACGAGGACUCCAAGUCUGAGUUCAUCAUGGACCCCCCAAAACCCAAACCGCCUGCCUGGUACCACGGCAUCCUCACUUGGGACGACUUCCAGCUCGUCAACCCGCACAGGGCGAGUUUCCUGAAGGAGGUGAAGGAGCUGGCAGUGAAGAGGAGGCAGAUUCUGUCCAGUAAGAGUUUGUCUGAAGAUGAGAAGAACACCAGACUGCAGGACCUGAUGCUGAGGAACCCACUAGGCUCUGGACCCCCCCUCAGCAUAGAGGACCUCGGGUUAAACUUCCAGUUCUGUCCGUCCUCGAAGGUUCACGGUUUCUCAGCUGUGGAUCUGAAACCAAACGGAGACGAUGAGAUGGUGACGAUGGAGAAUGCAGAGGAGUACGUGGAGUUGAUGUUUGACUUCUGUAUGCACACCGGCAUCCAGAAACAGAUGGAGGCCUUCAGAGAGGGUUUUAAUCGAGUGUUUCCGAUGGAGAAGUUGAGCUCUUUCAGCCACAAGGAGGUUCAGAUGAUCCUCUGCGGCAACCAAUCACCGUCCUGGACUGCUGAUGACAUCAUCAACUACACAGAGCCAAAGCUGGGUUACACCAGAGACAGUCCCGGCUUCCUGCGGUUUGUCAGAGUUUUAUGUGGGAUGUCAUCUGACGAGAGGAAAGCGUUCCUACAGUUCACCACCGGCUGCUCCACGCUGCCCCCCGGCGGCCUUGCCAACCUGCACCCCCGCCUCACCAUCGUCAGGAAGGUGGACGCCACCGACUCCAGCUACCCAUCAGUCAACACGUGCGUUCACUACCUGAAGCUUCCGGAAUAUUCCUCCGAGGACAUCAUGAGAGAGCGUCUGUUAGCCGCCACCAUGGAGAAAGGCUUCCACCUCAACUGACUUCUGACCUCCAACCACACUGAGCAUGCUCCUCAAGUCACCGCCGCCGCCCUGCCCGCCCGCCGCCACCACCGCCGCGUGAUCGACGGAUCAGCCGGCCAAUUGGAACCAGCUGACUGACUGACUGCUGGAGGACGACGAGGAGGACUCAUGUCGCAGAAUAAAAAUGAAAGCUCACAUCCUUAACCCCUCGCCUCCUUCCCUUGUCUCCUUCAUCCUCUUUCUCACUCACCUGAGCUGCUGCAGGCUGCUGUGUUUGUGUGUGUGUGUGUGUGUGUGUGUGCGUGCGUGCGUGCGUGCGUGUUGACCUUCCUCCUCCUCCUCCUCCUGUCUCCUCAGUUUAGUGCCUGGUUUGACUCGUAGCUUCUGUUUUCAGUUCCUCCUCCUUCAAACAAUCACGCUUCUUCUUCGUUUUUAUUUUAUUGCUUUUUGUUUCCGUGUGUGUGCGAAUUUUUUUUUUUUUUUUUUUUUUGGGUUGUUUCUGACCGGCUGUAGAAGUCAAAGGUCAGAGUGCAUUUGGUGUUCUUCUUUGACUUGAUGAAGCUAGAGACAAAAACACUGGUUGUGUGCGAGGCACAUGGUAAGAGAAAAGGCUCUGCUCUCCCUCUUGUAUUUUCUUUGUAUAUUAUUAUAAACAUUUAUUUAACUCAAGUUGCAGUUUGAGGUAAACAGAUAUUUUCAAAUGUGUAUGCUCCAAAAAAAAUAAUCAUUAAAAUGUUUGCAAAGUAUGAAUUAAA